AACCUACAGACGAAACUCAGAAACCCUGGCAAAAACAACAAGAGCUCAAGAAAUUCAGCAAGAAUUAUACGUCCACCGGGAAGUAUUUUACCAGCAUCUUUACAUACACCGCCAUAUUCCAAGGACUCAUCCGUUCCGAGAAAACGCUUUAAACAAAUUCCGUUCCGACGCGUGUAUAACCUGUUAUCCUGAUCCGAACGAAAUAGGCCCUGUGUACAGAAGAUAUCUUGACAUUCUAAAAAGAUACAACGGACGCGUAUCAAGGAUUACGCACGAGAGAUUUGUCAAGUGGCAAGUAGCGGAAAGAAAAUUUGCACCGGCAAUCAAGCUAAUCAGAGCAACGGUAUUUCCUAAUCCUCCAAGAGCAGUAAACUCACUGAUAAUCGCCUUAACGUCUCCGCAAGGAUCACUUAAGCUACUUGAUUUUAACGUCGACACAUCACUAUCUGACGAAAGAGCAGCUCAGUUACAACGGGAAGUAGUUGCUUAUUUACAAGAGAAGGUAGACAGAGCAGCAAGUAAAAAAGGAAAAGAAAAGGCACAAGUAUCAACCAGCACUACUAGUAGCAAGGCAUCCGACGACGAAUACCAUACUCCAGAACCAGAGUUCGGACCAUUAGGUGCAGCCAAUGCAGAAGAAAGAGCAAGCAAGUUAUCUGUCCUCGAAUCAUUACAACAACGCGCUCUUUUAGUAUACAAGGAUUUACAAGCCCUUGAAAAAGAAGUAGAUCUUGAUACUAACAAAACUCCUGAUCAGACCCUUCCAAAUACAGGUGCAUUAUUAGAUUAUAUUGCACCACUAUACAACCCAGUCGAAGACGAAGAGGUUGAACCAGAAAAUCAAGUACCAGACCAAGGACCAAAAGGUGCUAACGAACAAGCGAGAGAUGAAGUAGCUGAUAAUCAAGACAAUCAAGGAAGUGACCAAGAAAACCAAGCAGACAAUGCUGAAGCAUUGCAGCCAUCAACUAGAGCCCCAACUCCCGAACAAGAUAACCAGAAUCCACUGUUAAAUUUACCCCCAGUAGCUCCACCAGUUCCAAAUCCACCUGCUCCGCCGGCAAAUCCACCUAUACCCCCAGCACCACCAGUUCAAGCAGAUGACGAAGAAGAAAUGUCUCAAGCCACAUAUCCAGUCUUUGAUGGAACGAACCCACGUAAAUGGCUAGGUGAAAUGGAGAUAGCCUUUACUGCAAACAAUAUCCAAGCCAACGCUAACGAGCGAAGAAUAGGGUUGGCAGUCCUAAACUCUGGCCCUGCUAAGAUGUGGUAUAUCAUGUUGCAAGCAAAACCAACCACAUGGACAGUAGCAAACCAUGUAGAUGGGUUUAAGGAAUUGUUUUUAGAAAAAUACGCGAAUGAUGAUAAUAGAGCGCAAGCCUCUCAGUCAGCUUUUAUGAGAACUCAAAGACUAGGAGAAACUGUUGGCCAAUAUUACAACGCAUUGCAAGAGCAAUGGAUGGAGUGCGGAGACGGAGUUAUACCAGAGUGGAUGAAGAGAGCAGGAGUGGCAUGUCAACAAGCAAAACCAAGGCAUGCAGGGAAAAGGUCAGCCCCGUCAAUAGAGGGCAAUGACGGCGGCAUAGACAUAAGACCCUCACAAGGUGCUUUGCAGUAUGGGGAUACCGACGUUCUCGGACCUACAUAUUGUAUUGCCUUUGUGGAGGAGGAAGAGUGCAGAGUUCUGGUCGACACCGGAUCAUCUUAA